AUGCCUAAAGGCAAACUCAAGGUCCCAAAGGGCUCCAACAAGUCCAUGAUGAAGAAGGAGCGGAAGCUGUUGGCCUUUCUACAGCAAGAUGGUCAGCUUCGGUCCGAUGCAGAACUGCACGACCUACUACGAUGGGGCAACACGCAUGGCUUCAACACUCGUCUUGAGCUCCGACAACUCAUCAAUGGCAACUUGCCGCAAGGCACAUCCGGGCGCUGUUUGGAUGAUCUGCGCCUGAAGCCAGUAUACAGCGAGCGGGUGCUGUUGGACCACCUACGAUCCACUUGGCGACUGCCUGCAAACGCGAAUAGGCAGAGCCUACUGGAAUGGGGCCAGCUCAACGGACGUACUACGUGGCAAUCCCUUCGACAAUUGGGCAACAACAUCGUACGGGGCGACAGUAGCCUGCCGCCACCACCGCCUGCCAAACGUGCACCUGCGGCCAAUACCCUGCCUUCGGCAUCUGCGGCGGGAUCUUUGGCGCAGCACAAGCUCAGAUCGAAGAUAACGGUGCUGGCACAUCAGGCGUGCGAUCUGAUCGACUGUGAGAACAGUGAUGCAGCAGCCAUGAAUUGGACGAAGAUGGCAUCGGAUAUGACGCCGUCGGAUCUGGCCAUACUCACGCAUCUGCAGCUCAUUGGUCAGCUGCCGCUCCAGGCAAAUCUGCAGAGCCUGCUGGCACUGGGUCGCGAAUGCGAAUUCAGUAGAAAUGCCUUGCGUGAAGCAGGCAAUGAGAUCCGUUUCGGCGAGCCUUGCGAGUCGCAAGAGGCAUAUCGAGAGCGCCUGGGAUAUCUCGCACGUCAGGGUGUCGAAUGCAUGAGAAGCGCGCUGCAGAAUGAGACUCCCGGUGUGGAUGGCAAGAGAAUCGCUGCAAUCGAGUUUAUCAACCGAUUCAAGCUUGAUGAACAGGAGCCGGGCCAGCAUUUGUGGAGGCAGACUUCCACGCGAGACGAAGAUCUUGUCGACUACAAAUACCCAAGCGCCUUUACAACAGCGAGGCUGGACAACGCGAACCAGAGUCGCAGCAGACCACUCGAUGCGCCCGCGUCGCCGCUCAUGACAGAGCCGUGGAUGUCCCCUCGGCAGGAGCCACUACUUCAGCCAGACAUGUCGUUACACGCGGCUGGCGAUCAGAUGAUCAACGACCAGCCGGCGUCGCGCUCGACAGCCCAGCAUGCAUGGCCAGAGCACAUGAAGACUCUUGCGCAGUCCUUCGACGAGACAGACCAAGACGAGCAGACCCUCGAGGAGCGCGAGAACCGCGGGUUCACCGUCGACGACCUCACCAACUUCGAUGCAGUCCAGACGAAGCGCUUUAGUGACUUGCACGAGCUCGAUCCGAUGCGGCGCCACGGACAGCAGCAGGCUCUGUCGUGUUUCACUACUGCAGGUAUCGCAAAGCACAAACGCUCAAGCCUCUUCGCACUGCCAGACGAUCGUAACAGAGAUGGUUGGCAUGUCGAUGCUGGUGACACGAGUGUCUUCGAGAACAAUCUCGCCUCCGAGCUGGAAAAUGGUGUCUUCGUCCAGUACGAUAGAGAGCUGGAUCUCCCUGCUCGUCUUCACGUCACGAAUGGCAAGCUGCUUGAUGACAUGGACAUCGAUGGUGUUUAA